AUGGAUUCAUCCACGACUGUCAAGGUUCUGCUCGCCGCGGCUGCCUUCCACGAGCUGGAGCAGGAUGCUUGGGCAAAGGUUGAAGAAUCCGGAUACGAACACCACGAGUAUCCCCGUCACAAAGUGAUCGAGGGAAAUAAGCUCGUCGAGAACCCUACCCCGUUUGACAUGAUGGCUUCGGUGAUUGUCGUGUUCGUCAUGACCCCAUCGCAACUCAAAAAGUACGACGACCUCUUCUUUGCCGAACAUCUCUCAGAGCUCGACUUCCGAAUUGACGUCCACAAAGCCACCAUCCAUGCGGAACGCGACAACGACAAGAGCGAGCGUAUCGUUCAGUACGACCUCGAUAUGGAGGCAAGCGACGUGGACAAGUUCCUGGAACAAUCGCACGAGAUCACCUCGCACCGAUACUUUGACAGCAUCUGGAAGCAAGGUGAUGCCAGGCGGGAGCAGGAUGAGGAAGGUGCAGAUUGUCAUACCGAGCCGUUGCAGACUCACGGCUGCGCAUGUUUGAAGCACAUGCGAGCUUGGAGUCAGAAGCUCAACCUGCUUUGGUGCCCCACUUGCAAGCCUGACCCCGACCAAGCCAGGAUGGAAGAGGACGAUUAA